GGAGUUGUGAUGCUGCUACACAGCGCCUCUAGGGCCGAGCAGCAGCCGGCAGAGGAGAGCCGCGGAGAGGAGAGGAGAGGAGGGAGCGCAGAGACACGGCGGGCAGAACUGUGACAGUUAAACAAGAAGAACAAGACACCGAAGCGGAACCUUCACCUGCCGCGAAAAAAAAAAAAAAAACACCUCCGCCGGUGCAAACAUGCUAUUUGACAGACAUUUUCGCGCCCGUGGUUCACUUGUGCCUUCGCUAACACCUUCAGGGAGUUCACAUGUUCCUGCGCGUCGACGAGGAGGCGAUGUUUAGAGCCGCAGACAGCCUCGGAGUUUGGACGUGUGUUUCUUAGCUGUGUCAAACGGGGGACAAUUUGUUGAACUCGGGACACAAACUGCGCCGAGGAGCACCGCGAAUGUAGCGUUCAGCCGCCCAGAGAGAGAGAGAGAGGAAGCGAAACGCGCUACCUGCCAGUGUCCUCCUGCGGUUGUCCUCCUGCGUGUGUGUUUCGGUUUCUCGCCGUGCCGUGCGGCUGCCGUGGAGGAUGCAGGUGAAGAAGCACCGGGACUCGGACCGGAGCAGCGGCGGGGACAUGUUGGAAGGAGACGGCCUCCGUAAAAACUCCUCAUGCUUCUCAAAUAUCAAGAUAUUCUUGAUAUCGGAAUGCGCCCUCAUGUUGGCACAGGGCACCGUCGGAGCAUACCUGGUGAGUGUGCUGACCACCCUGGAGCGGCGGUUCAACCUGCAAAGUGCUGACGUUGGAGUGAUAGCCAGCAGCUUCGAGAUAGGCAACCUGGCACUGAUCCUAUUUGUCAGCUACUUUGGGGCCAAAGCGCAUCGGCCCCGUUUGAUCGGCUGCGGGGGCAUCGUCAUGGCGCUCGGCGCUCUUCUGUCCGCUUUGCCUGAGUUUCUCACAAAGCAGUAUGAAAUAGGGGAAAUGUGGAGGACUGACGCAGGUCGGGAUGCUUGCUCCAAUACCAGCAGCCUGGAGAGUCAGCUGGCCGAGGAAGCCGUGUGCGCCAACAAGGCCAGCACCAACAUGAUGUACCUGUUGCUGAUCGGUGCCCAGGUCCUGCUGGGGAUCGGAGCCACGCCAGUGCAGCCUCUGGGGGUUUCCUAUAUCGAUGAUCACGUAAAGAAGAAGGACUCCUCACUAUAUAUAGGAAUCCUUUUCUCUACACUGGUGUUCGGACCUGCCUGCGGCUUCAUCCUCGGUUCCCUCUGCACUAAAUUCUACGUGGACGCUAUCUUCAUUGACACCAGUAAAUUAGGCAUCACUCCAGAUGACCCUCGGUGGAUCGGGGCCUGGUGGGCAGGCUUCCUCCUCUGUGGCGCCUUACUCUUCUGCUCAGCCCUCCUGAUGUUUGGCUUCCCUCAGUCGCUGCCUACAAAGGAGAGAGAGGAGGGAGCAGACAGCGAGCAGGUCAUGCUUCCUCCCUCUCUGAGCCCAGAGUAUGAGGCACCAAAGUCCAGCAAUGGAGUUGUGAUGAACCAUGAGCCUGCCAACAGCCCCACCUGCUGUCAGCAGCUCAGGGUGAUCCCAAAAGUGACCAAGCACCUCCUGUCGAACCCAGUGUUCACCUGCAUCAUCCUGGCGGCCUGCAUGGAGAUCGCUGUCGUGGCUGGAUUUGCAGCUUUUCUGGGGAAAUACCUGGAGCAGCAGUUCAACCUCACCACCACCUCAGCAAACCAGCUGUUAGGUAUGACAGCCAUCCCGUGCGCCUGUCUGGGGAUCUUCAUGGGCGGCCUACUGGUGAAGAAGCUCAACCUCUCGGCACUGGGAGCCAUCCGCAUGGCCAUGUUGGUCAACCUGAUCUCCACCGCCUGCUACGUCUCCUUCCUGUUCCUCGGCUGUGACACGGGUCCCGUCGCCGGAGUGACCGUCACAUACGGCAACGAGACGUUAACGGCGGGAAAGAAGCCGGAGAGUCAGUGCAUCAGUCACUGCAACUGCUUCACCUCCUCCAUCAGCCCGGUGUGUGGCUCCAACGGCGUCACCUACCUGUCGGCCUGCUUCGCCGGCUGCAGCCCUGCAGGAUCCUCUCAGACCACAUCCAACUCCUCUAAGAACUCGAGGGGAUGUUCGUGUAUAACAGGUGCUGAAGGUGAACUCGGCACAGCGGUUCCAGGGAAGUGUCCGAUGCCUGGCUGCCAGGAGGCCUUCCUCAUCUUCCUGUGUGUGAUCUGUGCCUGCAGCCUGGUUGGAGCCAUGGCCCAGACGCCCUCCGUCAUCAUCCUAAUCAGGACUGUGAGCCCUGAACUGAAAUCAUACGCUCUCGGAGUGUUGUUCCUGCUGCUACGACUGCUUGGAUUCAUCCCCCCUCCUCUGAUCUUUGGUGCUGGGAUCGACUCUACCUGCCUUUUCUGGAGCACGGACUGCGGCGAUAGGGGCGCCUGCCUGCUGUACGACAAUGUGGCGUACAGGCAUCUCUACGUGAGCCUCGCCAUCAUCCUGAAGGGCGUUGCCUUCCUCCUCUACACCACCACGUGGUAUUGCUUGCGGAGGAACUACAAGAAAUACAUCAAAGGCCACGAGGGACACCUGACGCCAACCGAGUUUUACCCGUCUCUCAACGACGGCCCCAAGCUGGUGGACAGGACAAAGUUUAUAUAUAACCUAGAGGACCACGAGUUUUGUGAAAAUAUGGAGUCCGUUUUAUAGUUUGUAAAACAAAAAUUUACAAAAGAAAAGACAAUGUGGACAUUUAUAUUUCUCUCAAAGGAAUAUUUUAUGAUUUUAUUCUUCUUUUCUUGAAAGGAUAAAAGUUUUUGAUAAAGGCGAUCAGUUCGUGUCACAGGAGGCGUCCUCGGUAAACUGUAUCGAAAGGGUCCAUUGUAGUCGUUUACGUAUCAGCGAGGUGUCGUCAAGUGUUGCCAGUGAAUUCCUGUGUUGACUCGGUGGUAGAAGACAACUACAGCACUGUGUGGCUCAGUCCUAGUCGUUCAUUAGUGAGUGGACAUGACGCUGCUUCAACUAUAGAUGCCAUAUUCUUUUUUAGGUCUGUCAUGAUUCCAGUGAUCCGUGUGAAAAAUGACAGUUUCCUUUCAGUCAGCACUGUGUGUUCCGUCUGUCACUUUCAAAACUGAGAUUUUUACGGUUAUUUCAACAACAAAAAAAAGAGUUCAGGUGGUUCUUCAGUUAUUUAAAAGUUGCCAAGUGUUUACAGAAUAAUAGUUCAUCAGUCGAUGCAUUUGAUUUCAAUGCAGGAAGGUUUCUUACAAAAAGAGAACAGAAACGCCCAGACUGGGUUGUUAUAGUGGCCUACUAGAUGUUCUAACUGUUCAGUUUCUUGUUCUCUUGCUGGAUCGUAGACACUGUUUUUUGAUACUGCUUAGACUAGACUGUGAGGUCUCGUCUCAUAGGUGCAAACGUGCAAUUCAUAUCUGAGAUGUCUAUGUUUAUUCCUAGUCAGACUGCAGGUUUGUUUAGUUUUUUUUCAUUGCAGCAAUUUGUUUCAUUUCCACGUUCGUUUUCACAUCUGCAGAGUUUAUUCAGCCUAAUAUGUCUUAAUAAGGGAUUAAUUAAAUAAGAAUGUUAAUUAUAUUUUCUCACGGCUGUUGCCCCUAGUGGAAGAGCAAAGAAGAAAAUCAAAAGUAAUAUUUUUCUGUGUUUCAGCAUUCGAGUACAGGAGAUUAGGAGUAAUAUAUUUGUUUCGUUAGGCCCAGAAUGUUUUAAUAGGUUGUGUUUGGAAGGACAGUUUAAAUUAUAUAUAUAAUCUAAUUAUCUGGGAUGUGUGCGUCUGAUGUCACAGAAGAUUUGGGACAAUUCAUAGCGAUGAAAGUAGGAUGUUGUGGGGCAAAGAGAAAAGAAACACGAUGCCUGUCUUGGAGCUCGGCCUGUAGUGUUUGACAUGAAGCUUACAGAUGCUCCGGUGUGUGCAGGGUCAAAGCGAACAGCACUGAAUUUAUUCCUGGGUUUGAACUCUUCAACGUGACUCGGCGCACACGACCCGUUACUCUACUGAUCUCUCUGCAGUUACAGUUUUGAUGUUGUCCCUUUUCUUACACUUUUUGUAUGGCAACAUAUGGUUUAUUUUACUCUGGAAAUAAAUUAUUUUUCAGAAAAUGUA